ACACAAUAUACACCUAAUAAUAUAUAAUAUGCAGUAUACACAAAAUAAGACGACUGUAUACAACAACAACAACAAAAUAAUAAUAAUAUACAAUAUACACAAAAUAAGAAGACUGUAUACAUGUAAUCAGCGGAAAUAAAUAUGAAGUGUUGUGUUGACAUUCAGCUGACAGUUGAUAGUCAGUUGCCAGUAAGUUAUUAAGAGAAGUAUAAAAUGGUGCGGAACUCAAGCUGAAAACUGCUGGCUUAAGGAGGAAUCGAACACACUGUCCCUUAUAAAAACACUCCCUCCCUCCUGCCAUUAAAGUGUUGAUCUGACCCACUUAAGUUACUUCCUGUAGAAGUGAGUUUUCCCGUUUGAUACUCACUUUUACAAAUUAUUUUUUGUAAAUGUAAUUUAACAUCUUGAUGUUUAAGUCUGACGUAUUUUGAUUUCUUAAACCACGUACAGUCUGGAAGGAUAGCUAACUCCACUUUUUGUUUCCUGUGUGGUUACUGGUUGAUUACCAUCAGGGAAGGAAUAACAUUACGUGGUCGUGCUUUCAAAGCCUUUUAAGAAACUUUUUUGUGCGUUUAGCCCAUUCUUUAAGAAGGAAAUCCAUCAUUUUUAAACUGGAUUUGCGUUUGCCGAAACAUGUCGGGAGUAAUGAGCAAUCUGACCCUAUGUUUUCUACCGAAUUUACACCGGGAGCGCGAUGCACGUCGGAGGAGCCGCGAGAUCGAUGCAAUGCUGAAGCGUGAGAAGAAAAGCAAACCUCUGCCGGGGAUAAUCGUACUGUCUGGCACCCGCGAGAGCGGCAAGUCCACUUUCCUCAAACAAAUGCGCAUUAUUAACGGAGAAGAGUUCAACCACAAAGAGCGGCUUAUAUUCAGAGAGGCAAUUUACAAAAACAUCAUAAAGGGAAUGCAAGUGUUGGUUGUAGAAAGAAAUAGGUUAGGUAUUCCUUGGCAAAACUCAGCCAAUGAGAUGCAUAAGAAGUUGGUGAUGUCUGUUGAAGUCUGGACAAUGAAUUUUGAGCCAUGUACAUUUCAAGUCUACAUUAAUGCUGUUGACUCUCUCUGGAAGGAUUCUGGAAUUCAAGAAACGUAUAGGAGGAGAAAUGGAUUUCAUUUGUGUGAAACAGUGAAAUAUUUCUUUGACAACAUUCAUCACAUUGGCAAUCUGAACUACUUGCCAAGCAAUCAGGACAUUCUUUAUGCUCACAAAUCCAAUAAAGCCAUAGCAGAGACAUAUUUUGUGUUUCGUGAAAUCCCCUUCAUGAUCACAAAUAUGUCUUUCUUGCAGUUUUUGUGGAGAUGGACCGGUUCGCCUGAUGGGAUCACCUCCAUCAUUUUCAUGGCUACCUCCAGUGAAUACGACCAACUCUGGUUUGAGGAGAACCGCCUGGUAGAAUCCUUAAAUGUGUUUGAGGUCGUUGUCAACAACAGGCUCAUCCUCAACACCCCCAUCAUCCUCUUCCUCAACCAAAUGGACCUGCUGGUGGAGAAAAUACAGACUGUGGAUAUUCGGAAGAACUUUCCUGAGUUUCAAGGUGAUCCCCACAAGUUGGAGGAUGUGCAGGCAUUCCUGGUCCAAAGCUUUGACCGGAAGAGAGGGAACAACAGACAGCCGGUUUUCCAUCAUUUCAUUACGGCUGUGGACACGGAGAACAUUCGACUUGUGUUCCACACUGUUAAAGACAUGUUACUACAGAGAAGUCUCAAAGACUUCAUGCUCCAGUGAGAAGCAUAUGCAAAGCCAGCAGUUAAGCACAGGUGGAGCUGUUGUCGGCUUUAAAAGACUUAUAGAGAAGAUCCCUCCACCACAGUAAUCCUGCACCCUGUGUUUAAAGAAUCUCUCUCGGUUCUACUAUGGCUUUGUUCGCACUAUUGCAGAUUUGAGUCGAAUACAUCAAAAAUCUGAUUCUUGCUGCCUGUACAUAAAACAAAAACGAGCAAGCACCAAUCCCACUGUCUUCUCAGAGGAUGGUCUUGAAAGAUUGUUGAGAUUUAAUUAUUUGUACAAACACUAAGUGGUUUCAUGACAUACGGUCAAAUGUGACACAGCCAACCAAAAGAAAACAUUUCAGUAACCUGGCAUUAUAGCGAGAAUGGUUAUGAAUAGCAUUGCACAGACUUUCAAUUAAAACAUUUGUCAAAUAGGCUUUUUUUAAUGGUUGUUUUGGAGCAUUGGCUUCUUCCUUGCUAAGCAGCCUUUCAGGUUAUGUUGAUAUAGGACUCGUUUUACUGUGCAUAUAGAUACUUGUCUACCUGUUUCCUCCAGCAUCUUCACAAGAUCCUUUGCUGUUGUUCUGAGAUUGAUUUGCACUUUUCGCACCAAACUACAUUCAUCUCUAAUAGACAGAAUGUGUCUCCUUCCUGAGCAGUAUGAUGGCUGCGUGGUCCCAUGGUGUUUAUACUUGCAUACUAUUGUUUGUACAGAUGGAACGUGGUAACUUCAUGCAUUUGGAAAUUGUUCCCAAGGAUGAACCAGACUUGUGGAGGUUCACAAUUAUUAUUUUUUUUCUGAGGUCUUGGCUGAUUUCUUUAAAUUUUUCCAUGAUGUCAAGCAAAGAGGCACAAAGAGUUUGAAGGUAGGCCUUAAAAUACAUCCACAGGUACACCUCCAAUUCAGUACACCUCCAAUCAGAAGCUAAUUGUCUAAAGGCUUGACAUAAUUUUCUGUAAUUUUCCAAGCUGCUUAAAGGCACACUUAACUUAGUGUAUGUAAACUUCUGACUCACUGGGAUUGUGAUAUAGUCAACUAAACAUGAAACAGUCUGUCUGAAAAUGUUUUUGUGUCAUGCACAAAGUAGAUGUCCUAAACGACUUGCCAAAACUAUAGUUUGCUAAUAUUAAAUCUGUGGAGAGGUUAAAAAAAUGAGUUUUAAGGACUUCAACCUACUGUAAGUGAAUGUUAACUUCUGACUUCAACUGUAUGUGCUUUUUUUUUUUUCGGCUCAUGUCAGUGUCGAUUGCUUGUGAACAGACAAAAUACGAUUCAAGCUUUGCAAAGGAACUGUUAUUGAAUAAUGGGGCAGUUAAAAACACUUCAAAAAUGUCCUCGUGGUGGUGUAGUGACUCAGCUCAAUCCGGUUGGCAGAGGACGAAUCUCAGUUGCCUCCAUGUCUGAGACCGUCAAUCCGCGCAUCUUGUCACAUGGCUUGUUGAGCGCGUUACCAUGGAGACAUAGCGCAUAUGGAGGCCCACGCUAUUUUCCACAGCAUCCAUGCACAACUCACCACGUGCCCCACCAAGAGUGAGAACCACAUUAUAGGGACCACGAGGAGGUUACCCCAUGUGACUCUACCCUUCCUAGCAACUGGGCCAAUUUGAUUGCUUAGGAGACCUGGCUGGAGUCACUCAGCAUGCCCUGGAUUUGAACUUGCGACUCCAGGGGUGGUAGUCAGCGUCUUUACUUGCUGAGCUACCCAGGCCCCCCUUGCAAUUUUGUUUUAUAAUGUCGAGGUUCAUUCUCUUCUGAUUGAGUUUGCUGAAUUUGAGGGGCUUUUUAUGUUAGCCAAUCAUAACAGUGGCCGUUUACGUUGAAGUUUUAAGGACCCGCUUAGGCCAAAACCAAGCGUUUCAGACAGACGGCCAAAAACAGGGUGGAAAAUUAUCAUAUAUGACUAAAUUGUGACCGUUUUGGUGCAAAAAACUUUUAUAACAUUAUCAUUGGUCCUCAGGGAAGAUAAUACAAUUAUUUAAAAAAAAGCACUUCAUGACCCUUUUAAUAAACUUCUGUUGAAGCCAUUAGUCCAAGUUAUUACAUUAAAGUCUUGUUUAAUAGUGGAAUUUCUGGUGAAGAACUACACUACCCAUGAACUUGAAGGGAAAUGAUCCACCAAUUAGAGAACCGCAGCAAACACAGCAUGCCAUUUGAGCCCUGCAGCCCACUCCCAUGACAUACUGUGAAUAACUGUGUUUUCCAUCCAAGUAUUUUUAUGCACAUUUUGGGAUAUUGUAUAAAAACUGCUGGAUGGAAACACCAAGAUGCGAAUAAAAUCUCCAAAAUGCACAUAAAAAACAUAUACGCUCGCUUGAGGUGGAUACAUUUUUAUUUGAUAAGAGCAAAUGUGCAUAAACUAUGAUGGAAACAUAUUUACAGAAUAAACUUAUUUAUUAGGAAUACAAGAUGCACUGAAUAACUCAUUCAUAACUGGACUAACCAGCGGACCAGUCAUCGCAUCUUAAAUGUUGCUCUGGUCAUCCUGAAAUAAGGCUUGCUGAGCAGAUAAGUCUAAUACAAAAUUAAAAUGUGUGAUGUGCUGUCAUUCCCAGACAUGAGACAAGUUAUUUUAGAGUUUUUUUUUCUGCGUGCUCUAAACUGCAAGUAUUUUAUUAAUAAAAGAGUCACAGUGGCUGCAAUUUCUCCGGAAAUGACCAUUUUCUUCUUUUGAACACAUGGGAUGGAAAUGUGGCUUUAUUCACACAUUGUUUUUGCAACAUUAUGGUUUUUCACAUAAAUUUAAUUUGCAACUUGGAUAGAAACAUGGCUAAUAAUGCAAUCGAGUCGAUCAUC